UCAUCUGUUAAUGCUGAAGGGAAGGAAGGUGAGAUUCUGCCUCCAACUAUUCAAAAGCUCAUGAAAGGAUACAACAAAUACCUGCGCCCAUUUUUUGACAAUGGGCCUGUUACAGUUGGAAUGAGCUUGGACAUUGCCAGCAUCGACACAAUAUCAGAAAUUAACAUGGAUUACACAGCGACUAUAUUUCUAAGGCAGCGCUGGACAGAUGAAAGACUUUGCUUUGAAAGCAAUAAGAGCCUUAGUUUAGAUGGCCGGCUGGUGGAAUUACUUUGGGUACCAGACACAUUUAUAGUAGAUUCGAAAAAGUCUUUUCUGCACGACAUGACCGUUGAAAAUCGGCUAAUUAGAAUUUAUCCAAAUGGAACAGUUCUUUAUGCAUUAAGGAUAACCACAACAGUUGCGUGUAGCAUGGACCUAACUAAGUAUCCGAUGGACAAACAAACAUGUACUUUGUAACUGGAAAGCUGGAGUUACAACACUAAUGACGUUAUGUUUUACUGGACAAGGGGAAAUGAUUCUGUUCGAGGACUGGAUGCUCUGCGUUUGGCCCAAUAUGCAGUGGAAGAUCAUUACACAUCUGUGUCUGAAGCUGUGUAUGAAACUGGUCGUUAUCCAAAGCUUGUGUUUCAUUUUGACCUGAAAAGAAACAUUUUGUAUUUCAUCCUUGAGACAUACGUACCAUCCAUCCUGCUGGUUGUCCUCUCAUGGGUGUCCUUUUGGAUAAGUCUGUCAUCUGUGCCAGCUAGGAUAUGUAUAGGUGUAACAACAGUCCUAACCAUGACAACACUUAUGAUGGGAGCCAGAACAUCUCUGCCAAAUGCCAACUGCUUCAUAAAGGCAAUAGAUGUCUACCUUGGAAUCUGCUUCAGCUUUAUAUUCGGGGCUUUGUUAGAAUACGCCAUUGCUCAUUUUUAUACUUUGCAUCAACCACACCAAAAGAAUUCCACUAUAAAGAAACUUGUUGCUGAAGAUGAAGCCGACAUGAAUGGUACAAUAAGUGCUGUGUCCGAUGGACAAAGUCACCAAACGGAACCUCCAGAUGAAAUCGGGAACGGGAAAAAAAAAAUAAAGAGUCCGGUGGAUCCAGUUCUGAAACGAUUGCUCUGUGUAUUUUACUGUUUUCAAGUGCAAAACCCACACGACAUAGACAAUUAUUCCAGGAUAUCUUUCCCGCUGUCCUUUAUGAUCAUAAAUGUUUUUUAUUGGGCAUAUUAUUUGUAUUUUUGAAUUGAUACUGAAGACUGUAAUGAUGCACUGAGUACGUAAUUUCUAACGUAUUAUAUUGCCAUGGCCAAGAAUAUUCUCAACAACCCAUUUUAUAGAGCCAUGGAGAAAAAAAACAUGGCCAUUCCAAAUAAAUGUGACAUUUUUUAUAAAAUAUAUGUUUUCUUACAGAGGCAUAACCUUUUAAAAAUACAGGUAUGGGAC